AUGGCGGCCCCGGGGGCGGUGAGCAGCCGCAUAGCCGCGCGCGAGGAGCCCGCCGGCUCAGCGGAAUCCUCGGUCGUCACCCCGACGCCAUUGCCCACCGUGUCCCCCGAGCUGCCUGUCUCCUCGGGGCAGGGCGCGGUGCGGGGAAAGAACCUGUGGGAGCAGAUCUGCCAGGAGUAUGAAGCUGAGCUGCCUCCCUUUCCAGAGGAAUAUAAAGUCAAACAAGCAGCUAUGAUUACUGUUUCACCACUCAGGGAAACCAGCGUUGACACAGAACGCCUUUAUGCAGUUCCUCGUUCGGCUGUGGGCUCACCUGCUCCCUGUCCUCGAGUUAAAUCUGAAACAGUUAAUCCAAAAACAUGUCCCCCCAAAGAAUAUUUGGAAAUGUUCAUUUUUCCAGUGCUGCUUCCUGGAAUGGCUAGCCUGCUUCACCAAGCAAAGAAAGGAAAAUGUUUUGAGAGAAAAAAAACCAAAUUUAUUGCCUGUGACUUCCUGACCGAGUGGUUAUACAAUCAAAAUCCAAAGAGGGCAGGCGAGCCUUUCACAGAAUUCUUCUCCAUUCCAUUUGUGGAGCAGUGGCUCAAGAUUCACCCGCGGCCACCAAUCCCACUCUCCCUCCUGCUGACAGAAGAGGAGGCAGCCCUGAUCAUUCAAUCCUUCUGGAGAGCCUAUCUGGUUCGGUGUGAUCCUGAGAUUCAAGAAUUGCGUCAGUGGCAGAAGAAACUGCAUGAGGAAAAGCAUAUUCGCCAGAGAGUCAAAAUUUUCUGGGCCAAACAAGAGCAGAAAGGAUUCUGUGUAAGCCUAGAGCUGUGGGCUACCAUGGUGCUAACAGAGCCAAGAGAUGGUGAAAGAGCACAUCUAGUCAUUGCUUGAGUCUCCUUGAUCUAACUGUUCCUGAAGCCUGCACAUGCUAUAGUAGGUUUUUUUGGAUGUUGUUUUCAAUCAGAGUUUUUAUUACUUGCAACUUCAAGAAUCCCAGCUAACAUCCAACUCUGAUAAGGGUCAUCCACGAAAGGGCAGCAGGGCUCUGCCGUAAGGGGGUUCCCCACAGGAAUCAAAAUUCAUGGGCUGAAUUCCAGUCUUCUCUUGUGCAGACUCUGCAAAUGAGGCUAGAUUGGCCCUGCCCCCAAAGCUGACUCAGGGCCUUCCCCUGGGAAACUAAGGGUCAGAAUUUAAAUAGCUCUUGGCCCUAAUGAGAUCAGAGAGUCCAAAUCCCCUAACAGAAGAAAGAACACUUUUCUUUACUGCUCCUUUGAAAGGUGAACAUUUAAUGAGCCUUGUUAACACUUUCCAAGAUGUGAUCUGAGGUGCUACAUCCUUCAGUGUAUUUUAAUCUUUUAUCACAUACCUCAUGUCUUGUUCAUACUUGCUAAUAAGUGGGAGGCUGAUGAAGUUGUACAGACCUAGGGUCUCACGUUGUGGAAAGAAAUAAAGGUGUGGAGGCUGCUGGGGCUUGGCUGAACCACAUGUCAGCCUGGGGAAUGCCCUUCCUUUCUCUUGAAGAUGUCAGGGACAGACUCUCAGGGUGAGACAGCCCCAAAGGCAGGCUGGCUAAAAUGUAAAAGAAACAAGGCCAAAUGCUGCUUCUGGGCAAGGCCCUUGGGGUCCCGGUUCCCUAAAAUACAAACUGGCUGCCAGCAGUAACAAACACCACACCAGCUGUCCUCCCCAUGACAAGGACGUGUGCUCAGGGGUUCCCCAGCCAGCAAAGCCAGGGUUUCCAAAACAAAGGCAACCCUGGCCAGGACUCUCAGUUCGGCCUGUGAGCUUUCUGAGGAAAAUGGCUUUGCCUAGAGCCUGCCCUGCCUGGUCCCAUGUGAAUCUUGGUGGAUACACAUUCGAGAUGAUCCAAAACAGGGCUAUUAAAGAAGUCUGACAACAUCCUAGAUUGGCAAAGAAGAGGAGAAAUAGGGCUGUCAUACAAUUAAGGAGGGGGCAGUGAAUGGAUUUACCUUUCAAGUGGGGGCCGUCUGGCAGCAUAUAUCAGGAUUUAAAGGGGUAGACUCUUUGAUGCAUGUCUAGGAAUUUUUUUUUUUUUUGCAAGGAGUUAAUUGAUCAAGGGCCUAAGGAUGAAUGGGUAAGAAUGUUAAUCACAGCAUUACUUUCAUGGAAAGUCGGAAACAAGCAGAAUAUUCACCAGCUAAAAAUCAGAAAAACAAAUUUUGGUGCUAUUGUAUACUGACAAUAAAAAAAUAAAAUAUAUCACGGUGCCUAAUGGAAAACUGUGCAUCAUGAAAAGGAUACGGUAGCUCUGCAGUCACUGGCCCGGAAAGGCCUCCAUCCAUGACACAGUAUUGACUGAAGCAAAGCACACUGCAGAACACCACUUAGGCCAGUGCUCUCAGCCUGGCUGCAUCUUAGAAUCGCUGGGAGAGCUUAAAAAACACCUCAGCCUAAACAGACUUCAAUCAGAAGGAGGGGGCAGGUAUUUGUAAUUUUUUUAAGCUCUCCAAGUGAUCUCAUGUGAAGCCAGGUUAAGAACUGUUUGUUCUAUGGGAUUGUUGUGUAUGAGCGUGUAGGUGCCUGUG